AAUAAUGUGGCGCUCAAGGCCAUUACCAAGGCCAUAGCCAACAGAUUGAAGCCUUUGAUGCCCAAACCGAUCUCUCCGAUGCAAAGUGGCUUUGUUAGGGGGAGGCAAACAAACGACAACAUACUUCUUCUUCAGGAAGCGUUACACUCGUUUCGCGAUCGAAAAGGAAAAAGAGGAGGGUUGAUUAUCAAAAUUGACUUGGAGAAAGCAUAUGAUAGGCUUCACUGGAGUUUUCUACGAGACACACUCAAAGAGAUACAACUGCCGAGCUCGUGGAUUGACAGGAUCAUGAGUUGUGUUGAGAGGAACAAUAUGAAAAUCAACUGGAACGGGAGGCUUACUUCAGCAAUCAAGCCAACCAGAGGAGUGCGACAGGGAGAUCCUCUAUCUUCCUUCCUAUUUGUUUUAUGUAUGUAAAGAUUGGCUCAUCGUAUUGAACAGGUAGUGGAUGAGAGGCUUUGGAAACCAGUCUCUCUAACCAAAGAAGGGUCAAAGCUCUCUCAUCUAUUUUUCGCUGACGACUUGAUACUUUUUGCAGAGGCGGAAGGAAAUCAAAUUGAUGUUAUACGUAGUUGCCUGGAGGACUUCUGUGCAAGCUCGGGGCAGAGGGUCAACUUCAGCAAAUCGGCCAUGUUUGUAUCACCCAACAUUCAUCGCGACAAGGCAGAAAGACUCAGCCUCUGAGCGGGCAUUCGACUCACAUCGGAUCUUGGCAAAUACUUUGGACUUAAACGUGAUCAAUGGGAGGAUCAGCAAAAAACAGAUACAAGGAGCUGCUGCUGAGGGUUCAGUAAAGGCUUGCUAACUGGAAAAUAGGAUAUCUAUCGAUGGCGGCUAGGGUCACUUUGGUUAAAUCAAUCUCUUCAUCUAUGUCUAUUUAUCAUAUGUUUACGGAGCUGCUACCUUCUUCUGUUUGUGAUGCUUUGGACAGGUGCAAUAGACAAUUUGUAUGGGGAGACAAAGAUGGUAAAGCUAAAUUUCACUCGAUUGCGUGGGAGCAACUCACUUUGCCACGCAAUCAGGGGGGGCUUGGCAUCCGUUCCACAAUGCUCACAAACCAAGCAAUGUGGGAGAAAGGGGCUUGGAAGUUAACCACUGGAGACGACGCCAUAUGGGCUAGGUUCAUGAGAGGAAAAUAUGGGAGAAAUAGGAAGGGUAUCGACAUCCUCUCUAAAGCAAAGGGAAGUUCCCUUGUCUGGCGCAGCUAUGCUCAAACUGCUAAAACCCUGCGCAAAGGUGCAGCUAUUAAUGUAAAGAAUGGCAAAGCAACUAAAUUCUGGCUCAAUACAUGGCUUUUGCAGGAUUCUUUGUUGGAUUGUGCGACCACGGAAGUCCCCGAGGAUCUAAGAGGGAGGCUCGUGGCUGACUACUGGGACCCUGGCAAUGGAUGGAAGAUUCAAGAAGUUGAGCAAUACCUACCACCAGGAGUCAUCGACAAGCUCAGGUCGAUUUUGAUAGACCCCUUAUCAACAGCAGAAGACAAUCUAUUCUAGAAGCUUUCAGCAGAUGGAAAAUUAAGCACAAAGACAGCCUUUCAAGCUAUCUCUCCAAGGGAGGAAGGGCAAGACCUCUUGAUAGGUCAAAAGCGUAUAGCUUCAAUUCCUAUCUUGUAGUAAAACCGGAAAGUCCGGGUAUCGUCUCUCAGGGACUGGUACAACCUUAAGAUUUACCGAUUUAAUAGAGCAAACUAUAGGUGAAAAUGGUUUAAUGAGAUUAUUAACUACUAGCAAAAUAAAAUAAACAAAUUAAC